UAAAAUGUAAUUUCAAAAAAAGAGAGCAGUAGGAUUCAAUUGCGGCUCUUAUUCCAGCACGAUAGGUGGCAGUAAUGUUGUUAUGCUGCCAAUCUUAUUGUUAAUAGUCUGGUCAAAACUCUGUUCUGGUUAUGGUUCCGUUUCCAUCUGUUGUUGUCGCCAUUUUCAUAAUUAUAUAAAUAGUCAGUGAGUUGAUGAUAGCUAUCUAUCAUGCUAGUUACCUUUACUGUUAGAUUUCUGCCUAUCGUACAUAUUUGGUAACAUUCCGGCAUGGACAAACGAGUCAAGAAGAGUACAGCCAGUACGGCUCCCCCACUUCCAUUUUCCUCUUUGCGACUAUUGGUUUCUCCCCUGCGGCUGAUGUAUUCAUUUGUAUGGCAUGUGGUGAAUCAACGCAAUCUGAUGCACUAUGGGAAGGUCGAGGAGUUUGUAACUGUGGUGACUGAAGCUGUUCCAAAGUUGCUGAGUUACAAACAGAGGGCUCAACUCAUCCUGGGCCUGAGAGCAAGGAUGAUCUUGGAGUUGUUCCGCAAGGACCCACCCAACCUUCAGGACAUCCAACGUCUCCUGGAAAAGAUGAACAUCUUGGGGCAGCAAGAUGCAGAAGUGGAGGAGUCGCAGGCUAACUUCGUGGCGCUGGUCCAAACCCUGCUGAAAAACCCUUACGAGAGGAAGCACUUCUUCCAGGAGGAGUUCCAUACACAGUAUGGCUCCAAGUAUGACACAGCACUGCAGGCCCUUGUGGGAGGCUUGGUCCUCAGACUGGAACGACUGCUAUCUGUGCCAGAUCUCUCCCAGAUAGCGUCUAUGAUCAGUGCUGCCCCCUCUGACCUGGAGGAAUGUGGACAGUCUGUGUCUGACCCUGAGCACCUGAAGAUCCUCCUCCAGCACCAGAACCUGCUAAAUAAGAGUCAGUUUGUACCUGUCACGUCUUCUGUGGGUGACUGUGUGCUGUCGUCGCUGUCCUUCCGCCUCGCCUGUGGAAUGCCUUCAAUGGAGCCAGAUUUUGACGAGCCAUCAGAAUCAUUACAAGCCGCUCUAAGUGUCAUGAACCCUGCCUCCUUCAGUAACUUGGAGGAUCUGGGAAUGAUGUCAGAUGACUCUGACCAUGCUGGAGAAGAUAGUACUGUGGAGAGAGAAGAGGAUGCAGUGCGUGGCGGUGAGGAAGAGAAUGCACUGCCAGAGAGCGCCGUGGUCUGCUCUAGUCCUCAAGGUGUUAGCGGACUGGUGGGAGGGGCACCAUCAAAAGGGGCACCAACAGUAAGGAGUAUGCUGCAAACGAUGAGACGGCAACAGCUUGUAUCACUGAUGAAUACUUCCAUCACUGAAGCCUCUCCUUCACAGAUAGUCAUUCCUGCCACGGAUAACCAGCCGGUCGAGCUAACCAGUGUCGACCAGUGGGUCUCCCAUAUUGCCAGUUACACUUUAUCGCUCCAUUCCUUGCCACCCCUUCCACAAAACGAUCAUUUGGACAAGGAGAUGGAGUCGGCCGACACAGGUCUCGGAAGCGGUGUGGUGAUCGGGGGUCAGGAAACAGAGGUCGAUCUCUUUGAAAGUUCCAUUAUCCAAAGGAAGAGGGUGCAAAAGCCACUACGAGUAGCGUGCUCGAAAAAGAGAAACCCUGCAACCAACUCCUGCCAAGAGUGUGGGAAGCGUUUUCUGUCUCGGGGACGGCUGGAGGAUCACCUCCGCAUACACACGGGAGAGAAACCUUUCAAGUGCACCGAUUGUAGCAGGUUCUUCAGGACUUUGGCACUCCUGACCAACCAUAUGAAAAUUCACUCUGACGUACGGCCCUUUAGCUGCGACGAGUGCGGCAAGUGCUUUCGGAGAAAGGUUGGCCUUCAGAAUCACCAUCGCGUCCACACGGAUGCUAGACCAUACAAAUGCACCAUAUGUGGAAAGGGUUUCACGCAAGUACAGUACUGCAAAAGACACAUGGAUUGUCAUACAAGUGAGAAUACCUAUUUCUGCACUCAUUGUCCGAAGAGUUUCCCAACCCAAUUCCAGCUGUCCGCCCACCAGCGCUGGCACACCAUGGACCGCCCGUACGCCUGUGAGCAGUGUGGGUUGCGUUUCUUUAUGCCAAGCUUGUUAAAGAGACACAUGGGCUAUCACAUCGGGAACCGCCAGUUCCUGUGUGCCCAGUGCGGAAGGACCUUUGUCUAUGAGUUUGACCUAAAGAGACACCAAAAAGACCAUGACCCCAGUCCCAAACUCCCCUGCCCCGUCUGCCAGAAGAUGUUUGGCAACAACAGCCUACUCCAGGCCCACAUACGCAGGCACUCUUCAGACAAACCUUACAGAUGCGACAUAUGCGACAAGACCUUUAAAGACAGCGGGGGUCUGCGCAUACACAAGCGGGGGCUGCACUCUAACGAACGCCCUUACAGCUGCGACGAGUGUGGGAAGACCUACAAACUACACACGCACCUGAGGGAGCACAAGUUUAAACACACGGGGGAGGGCCACAGCUGUGGCCAGUGUGGAAAAGCCUUCAGGUACCUGCGUCUCCUGAAGGCGCACGAGCGGUCGCACUCCGAGCCAUCUGAGCUCACGAGGCGAAACAGUCACACCAGCCGUCGCAGGAGACAUUCCUCCAAAAGGAGUUGAUUUUGUCACAUCUGCACACCCUUCACUGUGGCUACAGUAAUAUACAACAGUAUUCCAUGUAAUUAGCUGUACGGUCAUUAUGUAGUGCAGCCCAGGGUUCCUCUGUGUUGUCUUAGGAAUGCUGCAUUAUCCCACCAUUCCCCAUUCUGUCAUAUCUCUGUGGUGCAGAGGGGCGACAUGAUGGGGGAUGGUGAAAUAAUUGACUUGGAACGGAGAAGAGGGUCUCUGCUGUUCAGGACUGCUGCUCACUGAGUUUAGCUUCCUCCCUCUAUGAUCCUCCCUCCCUCUGAUCAGACAUACUGGGACUAUACAGACCCUUAUUACAUGAUACACAGCAUAUCAAGUACAGGGUCUAAAGUCGUUUCAAAUCAUGGAAUGUCAUACAUGGCCUAUUUUGCGAGGUACCAGCAUUGCAGUCCUAACAGCCAUGCAUACAAGCCGGUUGUGCGUCUGAAGGCUCCCAGAAAAUCUGUCGACCUGCAAUUCAUAAAGUGAAUCUGUGGAACAAUGUCCAGUGAGGUGUGUUAGGUAAACCAGUGAAACAUCCUCCACUGUCAGGUACAGUAUGCUCUCAAGAGAACGUGCUUUCAAUCUGUUGACUUGGAUCACGAUUGGGGGUCAAUUACUUUUUAAUUCAGGAUCUUCCUAAUAGAAAAUAAUUUCAGUUACUCCAACCCUGAUUUGGAUAGUCUCAUGGCUUCUCCCGCAGUAUAAUCACCAGAGUGAUUCAGUAUUUAAUAGUCACAUGUACAGGGUUGCAGGUGUAAUUGCGGGAUACAGUGAAAAUCUUAGGAUCCAAACUCCAACAGUGUAGUUCUUCAAUUUGUGCUUCUUGUUCUAUCGCAAUGUUCUUGUUUCAUUAAAAAGCUUAUAGGCUA